GCCUUAUGCAGCGUUGACAGAAGUAGAGGUUUAAUAUUUAAUAGGGUGCAGAAAAGAGGAAUCGCAGCCUGCAUUGAUCGAGACGUUCAGAUCAGCACUUUGUAAAAGCCUCAAAGGAAAGCGCUCAGGAUGUAGUACUUUGUGGUUUAUCACUUCUGUAGGUCUCACAGAUGAGCAAAAAGAAUUCCAGAAAGUGGCGUUUGAUUUCGCUGCCAAUGAAAUGGCACCACACAUGGCGCGAUGGGACGAGAACGAAAUCUUUCCAGUGGAAACCAUGAGAAAAGCAGCCCAGCUCGGGUUUGGGGGAAUUUACGUGCAGCCGGAUGUUGGGGGCUCGGGCCUGUCUCGCCUCGACACGUCCAUCAUCUUCGAAGCUUUGUCCACAGGCUGUGCGAGCACCACGGCCUACAUCAGCAUACAUAAUAUGUGUGCCUGGAUGAUCGACACUUUUGGUAAUGAUGAGCAGAGAGAGAAGUACUGUCCCGAUCUCUGCUCCAUGGAGAAGUUCGCCUCUUAUUGUCUGACUGAGCCUGGGAGUGGAAGUGACGCAGCGUCGUUGUUAACCAGCGCAAAGCUACAAGGAGACCAUUACGUUCUGAAUGGCUCCAAGGCCUUUAUCAGUGGUGGAGGGGAUACAGAUGUGUAUGUAGUGAUGUGUCGUACUGGUGGGAAGGGCUCCAAAGGCAUCUCCUGUGUGCUGGUGGAGAAGGGAACUCCAGGACUCGGUUUUGGUAAAAAGGAGAAGAAGGUCGGUUGGAACUCACAGCCCACGAGAGCAGUAAUCUUUGAAGACUGUGCGGUUCCGGUGACUAAUCGGCUGGGAGCAGAAGGACAGGGCUUCAACAUCGCCAUGAGUGGCCUCAAUGGGGGCAGAAUUAACAUUGCUUCCUGCUCUCUAGGAGCUGCUCAUGCGUCUGUCCUGCUGGCCCGGGAUCACAUGCGUGUGCGCAAACAGUUUGGGGAACCUCUUGCAAACAGCCAGUUCCUGCAGUUUAAGCUGGCUGAAAUGGCCACGAAGCUGGUAGCGUCUCGGUUGCUGGUGCGUCAGGCGGCCGUUGCACUGCAGGAGAACAGAGCAGACGCAGUGCCACUCUGCUCCAUGGCAAAACUCUUCGCCACUGAUGAAUGCUUUGCUAUAUGUAACCAGGCUCUGCAGAUACAUGGGGGAUAUGGCUACCUCAAGGACUACGCAGUACAACAGUUUGUCCGAGAUAUCCGAGUGCAUCAGAUAUUAGAAGGAACCAAUGAAGUGAUGAGGAUGAUCAUUUCCAGAAAUUUACUGACAGAGUCUUGAUCCUGAAAUCAGGACUUCAAGCUCGUCAUGGACUGUUACAGUAGGAGAGACUAAUCAAUAAUGAAUCACAUAAUGAGGAAAAGCUGGACAGAAUCUUACUGUCAUUCUUUGUAGUUAGAAAUAUGUCUAUUUAGACAUCUGUUUUUGUUGUAUAUUCUCGAUUAUGUGCCCUGCUCUAAUAAGACGUGCUGUUAAUGAACAAUUGUUCAUCAAAGAAAUUCAAGUGUUUGAUUACACUCCAGCAUCAAGUACUUGUUAGUGCAUUGCAACGUUUUGAGUAUUCGAAAGGCUGGUUUCCACUUCUUGUGUCUCACAAACGAUGGUUGAAGGGGGGUGCAGUCGCUCUGGUCAAAAAGCAUUUUAUACUCGUUUCACCACUUUUUAAAUGGUGUGGUGGCACUGUGUGUAAAAGAGGAAAAUAAUUGUUUAUUAAAAAAGUGUUGAAAAGGAAUUUAAAGUGGAUUGUUUGAGCAAUUAACAAAGUGAGAUGAGGGAAAACCCUCUUAUAAUGCUUAUGCGCCUCAGAUGUUUGACCAUCUUUACGGUCUCUCGGGUCAAAUAUGUUGCAUGUAUUUUCAUAUAUCUGCCACCAGAGUCUCCUCAAAAUUGAUGUAGCUACCGCUAUUUAGUUACAAAGAUGUUCAUGUGCACAACACAGAGAUCGACAGGUGUACGGGGCCCUAACGCAGGGAUAUGUCUGUCCACAUGGCAUCAUUGCUAUGAAGCAAGCUGAUUUGAAGUUCCUUACUGAAAUAACAUGCUUUUUAAGUUCAUCCGUGGAUUCGAUAAAUAAAGCACAGAAAUGUACGGGAUAUUUUUUUGUUUGUUUAUUUUUAAACGUUUCAGAUCCAAUACAGGUAUCCAUAAAGGCAACAUUUCACUGUACACGUUAAAAUAAAGCUUGUGAAUUAGA